CCACAUCUGAAAUCCUCGAAAUCUAGAGCUUUUGCUGAGCCAUUCUGAGACUGGCGGCCCGCUAGCGUCGAGCGAUAUCGAUGCGUAUUGUUUUCGUCGAUCCAUCGUUUCCGAUGACAUAGCGGUUGUUCACCAUCUCGAGCGCAGGCGAAAGAGGCCACUGCAGACACCCCGUAUAGCCGGCUAAGUUGCCCAUACCCAAAGUGACGACCAUCGAAAGGACGCGGUGAAAUCAGCUCCUCUCUUCUGGUCUUGUCUUUCCCCUUUUUCGUUCAGGCUGUUCUCUCCGUACUCCCUUUGACCUCGGCAGCUGCCUGCGCCGCAAGGCAAGCAAGCAAGCACGACGUCUUUUCUGAUCAGGUGUUUCUUCUCGGAAUGUUUUGAACCCGUCACAAAUAUUUAAUCAUUGGCAUAAUCCAUUUCGUUGCUCUAUUUCCUUGCUAACACGUUCUGCUUAAUGUUCUUCCAACAUGUCCACAACUCUUAUUGCGCCCAUGAGCGCUUCCCGUGCUGUAGGUGUCCAUCAGGCGAACAGUGUAUACAAUCAGUUCAGCACCAUCAAACGACUACGCCACGAUGAGACUUUUCCCUCAAGCGGAGAGCCGCCAGCAAAACGGUAUAAAUAUAAAACCACGAUGACAGAGGUUCAAGUGAAGAAAAAACCCUUAGAACUCAAAUAUGAUUCGAAUGUUCCCUCAGACUACAGCCUUGUUAAGUACGGUCGUAAGGAUGUUACAGAGUUUCUUCUCAACUUGUCUCGCAAGCAUAAAAAGCCUGUCUGGGUUGCCAAUAGCACUGUGCAGAGUCAGCGCGCAGAAGCUCAAGCUCCCGACACGUCUCGUUCAGGCUAUCAUGUAGGCCGUGUCGGAUACUAUUUCCACAAGGAUCUCAUUGCAAAUGCCUGCAAAUGGUUCGAAAUCCGUAUCCAAGGGGGGCAAAUCAAAGAUGACCGAAAUGCACACCGACCUAAACUGACAAAGAAUGACUUAAAGGCCUGUCUGGAAGAAAUCUAUCCACACAUUCCCGAUAGAGAUCGCAACACAAUCAUUGGUCGACUUAACCCGAAAAAUGGGUCCUCGAUCGGCAAGGCUGCCAAUCUCAACCCUUACAAGCAAGUAGAGUUGGCCGUCAUUUCUCAUAUCCGACAUGCGCAUACAGACUAUGACAAGUUGCUACGUUAUGGCAAUAAGAAUGAGGCUCGCAAAUCCAUACAGCCUGAGCUUCUUGCUAAGUUGGCUGAGUGGAAAGGAGAAGACAAAAAGGACGAGUGGGACACGGAAUUCCAGGAAGUUGUUAAUCUCGAAGAGGAGCCCGAAGUGGUCCUUGAAGAGGAUGACGAACACUACUCACCUCCCCUCCCACAAGAUUGGGUCCAAACAGGCCGUAGCACAGAGACUCCAGGAGUUCUAUCCAGACCAAGUACAAGACACCAUGAGGUUGAACAGCCCAAUCCGUCCAGAGAUCCAUCACCAGCUCAUUUUGGGACCCAUGGCCUUCAGGGAUACCAAUUUCGCUAUCGGCCAUUGCCUCAAGUAGUUGAUUUGACAAAUUCCUCACCUAUUCGUCCCGGUGUGUGUGUUGUUGAUGAAAGCCCAAAGUUACCUCAGCAUUAUACACAACCACAUCCGAAUGGACAGCAUCCCGCCGCCCGUCUCUAUUUUCGGAAGCUAUCCCCUACUGAAGAACUCCCACCUCCACCUCUACCGUUGCAAGAGCCACGUGCGAAACUCCAUCGUUCUGAGAGGCUUAGCUGGGUUCCACGUGAUGAGGAUCCGUACUCGCGGCAUCCGCUACCCCCACCCCCUGUACCAUGGAAUGCUUCGGGAACAGGUUCAAAGAACAACUUGCAUAUGGAGUCUAGCCUUGCAACUCCUAUACAUCCGAAUAUCCACUGGAGGCCACUUCCUCCAGUGAACCAACCAGCAAUCCGCCUUCGUCCAUUACCAGGCGGAGAGGGUGAGUUCCCAGCAUUACCAUCGGACAUGAGAUUUAGGCCGGUGACUCCGGAAAAUGUAUUACCAUCGAGAGAGCCGCAUUCACCACUCAACCCUCGCAUGCGAACGAGACCAGCUGGCUUCGACGACUACCCCAGACGGCUCCCUAUCGGCCAUUAGAGGCCACAGUGCUUUAAAGGAUAUGCGCAUUGUUAUAAGAUGUCGCAUUAUUUGCCUUUACAAAAUCUACCGCCUUUUGGUUAUUGCUGAUAGCAUUGUUAGCAAAGGAGAACAUGGGGCUAUCUUUUUGGUUGAUGCGUUGAGCAACCACAAUCUUUGCGUAGUCGCGUUGAUUAAUUAGACAUAAUCAGGCGAUGUUACCUUCUGGUGAGUCUCUCUAGUCUUUAUUCUAUUAUGCAAUCUUCUCAUUCUGCAGCGACGUGUCUACUUUUGGAUAUCACUCUCUGCAUAGAAAAAAAUUCUGUGCGGUAUUUGGCUCCCCAUGACGAGCUUAAAAGAGUUGGAGUCACAGUUCAAAUGUUUUGCAUAGUCACGGCGUUCAUCUUGAAUACGAGAGCAUCUGAUAUACCCAAUAUGCAUAAAAGCAUAGGACGCUUUUCAUGAAAGCAAUGACGGGCAUCAAACCAUGUGUGAUUUUACUGAGGUCGUCCUUGGUCGAGUUAUCAAGCUCGAAUCUCUACAACUCAGAGCUGUUUUGGGG